GCGGUGACCGACAGGGUACGGACGUACCUUGCCGUUAUAUAAUAUUAUUUUAACAUAUUAGCAGUGGUGGUAAACAACUUCUGUAAACGCAGGCUGAUUAUCGACUACCUUUGAAAACCGUAUUUUAAUUUGUACUGCUCAAAUUGAAAAUGGAGGGUGCUGGUGAUCGCAAACUGGCCCCAAGGGUUUGUAUGCGUGUGGAUCUUGUUCAUGUAUAUAUCAGUGACUGUAUCAUGUUCGUCAGGAUGUGGCUUAAUCAGGGAACGAUAAGCUUGUCUUAACCACUAACUCUAUGGGGUUCGUCGCGAGCGCCCAUAGGGGUACUCUUUGCCUAAGUUGAUUGGUUCUUUGUAUGGGCGUGGCAGAGGUGGGUUGUGCGUAGCUGUACUCUGGACUAACAUCAGUAGUAGUACAGUACAUGACAUGUUUUGAUUUUAUUCCCCAUAUUUAGCAACCGCGCAAGAUUUAUAACUAGUAGUGGUAAUUGUCUGAGAUUGCCAUUAUGACUAAUGAUGAUCAAAUGCCACGUCCUAACUGUGAUGCGUCCUAUUUAUUUAAAGCAAAGACUUUGUAAUUAGCAUGAUUAGGAAUGGAUUAAUUUUAAGAAUGAUUAUUUGAGGACCCCAUUUGUCAAGAAUGUUGGAUAAAUUUUGGAAGUUUGGUUCAUUUUCUGGUGAAUGUUAUAGUAAUUUGUUUGGAAAUGCUGUUCAUAAAGACAGAAGUUCUUUUGAGGCUCGUAGUAGAAACCCAUCAGAAGAUAUAGACCCCAUACCCUAAACAUGCUAAAGGCUCGUCGGAAACUGCCUCAAGGGAUACCUUAUCAGAUGUUGUUUUUAUUGUCCUAGGUGGAACUUCACAUUCAUUUAGAUGGUGCACUGAGGCCAUCCACGGUCUGGGAACUUGCAAAGUGAGUCAAACAAAACGUGGUGUGGAUGUACCAGGCUCCAAUCCAGAGGAACUUGCUCAAACCAUCAACAACUUCGAAAGGGGUGACCUCUUCAGUUUUCUGAAAACAUUCCGAAUUUUCAUGCCAAGUAUUGUCGCUGACAAAGAUGCACUCCGGCGUGUUGCCUACGAGCUUUGUGAAGACAAAGCCACGGAGGGCGUGGUCUACUUUGAAGCUCGCUUGUGUCCACCUCUUUUGGGUAAUGCAGAAAUGAUGAGUUGGUAUCAGGAUACAAUCAAGGACCAACUUUCCAGUCAGGAGGUGAUGGCAGGUGUUGUGGAGGGACUAGAGGCUGGACAGAGGGACUUCAACAUCAAGGCACGACUGAUUCUCACCACAACCAAGGAAAAGCCAGAAUGGGCAACUGAAUGUCUGCAACUUUGUAAAGAAUUCAGCCCCAUUGCCGUUGCCAUGGAUAUUGGAGGGAAGGAAAAUAUCCCGCUUCAUCCUGAGAUAAUCAAAGCUUUCCAAGAGGCUGAACGAUGCAGCAUUCAUCGCACCGUACAUGCUGGAGAGGAUGGCCCGGCCAGUAAUGUCAAGGAAGCAAUUGAGCUGCUCAAGGCCGAGAGAAUUGGGCAUGGAUACCAUGUGCUACAAGAUGACAGCAUUUAUCAGAUGGUCAAACACCUGGACAUUCAUCUUGAAGUGUGCCCAACGUCGAGUGUCUACACUGGGUCAUGUGACCCUGACUUUGGCAAACAUCCUGGAGUCAGGUUCACUAAAGACAAGAUCAACUUCUCUCUGAACACGGAUGAUCCCUUAGUCUUUCGAAACACCAUCAACGAUGAGUUUGAGAUUGCCAAGAAACACUUUGGACUGACUGAUGACGCAGCUGUCCAAGUUACCAUGAAUGCUGCACGCUCAGCAUUCCUGCCAGAACAAGAAAAGGUGGAGCUUAUCCAACAAUUGAGGGCAGCAUACAACCUCAAGGAUUAGUGAGUCAUUACCUCAAAGCAUUUUUUAUCAAAGUAAAAAAGUCAGGGAGCUAAUUUUGAUUAAGAGACUAUAAAAAUCUAUGCACUCUAGGACAAGUUCGGGUGUGAACUAUAGUUCGACCAGUAGCUAAUUGCUUUUUAACAAUGCACAUGUGCAAUUCUGUUACACUCAAAUGACUCUAGUCGGUCAAUUGUUUUUAAAAUCUCAUCAUUACGUACAUUUUACCAUUGACUGCAAUUCUCGCAGCAUACAUGGUCAUUGACAUCUCGUCCAGUUAUUUUCAGGUGAAUGGUUCCCUCUGUAAUGAUAAAUGAAAUUGGCUAAUGAUAACCAGUCGUACGACCAUACCACAUGUCCUGGACCCAAAUGGUCGAUGAGAUAAAACUUGCCCCCAUCUGCCUUAUGGAAGCACCCACCAGCCCGAGGCCUCUAACAAAAAUUUGCCUUGGAAAAAGUUGCCUGUCUUUAAAACUUGCACACACUCUGCAUAGCUAGAGCUGUAUACUGUGCAAAGCCGUAGAGCUGGUGUCUAGCACAGGUUUUUGGAGUAUAUUUCUGCCCGUAAAACUGAAACAAAAUUCCUGUCACACAUGUACUCUUACAAUUUCUCAUUAAUGUUAUGGCAAGUUAUGCAAUACUUCUCAGUACAAAUUGUGGCUAAAAAGAGAAGGGCUCACUAUUGUGUCAAUCAGGGUUCCCGCGGCCUGGAAAAGUCAUGGCAAUUUGUUUUUGUUUUCCAGGCCUGGAAAAGUCAGGAAAUUUUUUUUAGAUGAC